CAACGUUGAUGAGUCCUCAAUACCACACGGAAGAAUCGAAUGGCUUGAAAUGGAUGCGAAAUUGUACAAAAGUAUCACGGAAUGUGAUGCCAGGGCGGUCUGGCCAAUGGUUAGAAAUACUGUGGUUGAACAACUUAUGGGACCAGGUUGUACUCCUAUUCCGUAUUUGAUGGAUGCACAGUAUUACGAUCACGGUUCAUUAAUAGUCAAGGAGUCUCGUUCUCCAGUGGAACGACUCAAAGGUACAAGACCCGGAAUUAUAACAAUUGGAAGGCUUACAGAUUUUAUUGACGAUGCAAGAGAUACAAAUCUCAUCGGAUGGCCAAAAACAAAGAAAGCCCCAGAACGAAUGAAUCCAGCUUUUACAUUUGAAGAAACAGCUUUGAAAAAUAAGUUACUUAAAACUGUGACAGUAGAGGUUGAUGGGUGCGAACGAUACACCAUGGAAAACAUUCCUGGAGAGGAUUCCCUGACGGUAGGAUUGGAAAGUAGAGGAUUUCAGUAUGUAAAAAAGAUUUAUCUGGUAUACGAGGUAUGCUAUGCAGAAAGACUAGUAGUGAUCGUCAGUAUAGGGAAUGAAACUGACAGAGUAGAAAUAAAUCAACGAGUUCCUGUUGGUUUCAAAAUGCGGAAAUACCAACUUAAAGAGGAUGGCGCGCUCGGUAAAGCUAAUGAUCAACCAAAUAAGGCGAAGUUCGUAUGGAUAAAACGGUGUCACUUCCGGAAUCCAAUGGACUCUUUACCUGAUAUACCUGAUGAGUGAUCAAAUUGAUUGACCGUCUUGGAGAAAUGAAGUAUUCUGAUCAUGCAGUUGAGCAAACUCUAUUUUUCUAUAACUUAUACUUCUUGAUGUUACUUUAUCUGUUUUAUCCACUUUUUUGUAUAUAUAGAAAUUAAUUUUAAUCAUCAAAUAAAUGAAUUCGCAAUCUGAAA